AUGAAUGAGUAUCACCCAACCACAAUGCGCUUCUCCUUCACAUCAAUUCUCCAGUUAUUUCAGACGCUUACCUACAAACCAAUCGCGACCUUCCCCGAAAAGGUUCACACGCUAAUGUUCUACUCCCGGGCUGGACACAAAGGCACAUGGCUAGCUUUCCAAAAGCCCACUCAACUCGACGUGUGGCUCGGCCGUGAACAAGUGAUGACAUGGACAGGCGAGAUCACAAUCUCACUCCCGGCCCCCGACUCACCUUUCAGGGCUGACAGCAUGUCGACAUCGGCUCCCCUUGAUGGUGUUGAGACCUUCAGAGCGUGCCGGGCCUGGAUACCUAUUUGGGAUCAAUAUCGUAGGCAUCAUCUACCCAUUAUUGGCCUCCUAUUCACAUAUACCGACGGCAGUCAACGAUGCGUCGGGCCGGUCCUGGCUGCUCCGGUCAAUUUUCACUCAGACAAGAUUUGGCUCGGUAACAUCAAAGUUCCGGGACGAGAAGUCUCGGGCCCUAUACACUUCAAGGGUAUUAUAAACAGGCAUGUUCGCGCAGAGAAGCCAACCGACGACGACGAUGACUAUCAUUAUCUCGAGCUGCCGCUGAAAUGGCGUCUUAGUUGGCACUUUACACGCUUUUGGAUGGCUGUAGAACAAUACGACAGUAGCGAGGUUCAUGAUGAGAUUGGUGAAGCUCUGGUUCUUGGAAAGGGGAGUAACACCUUGAGUGAAUCAGAGGUCAAGACUUUUGAUGUUCGGGUCAGCACCAGGUGUUGA